AUGGCCUCGUUUGAAGACGACGAUUUUUAUGACCCUCAUGAGGAUGACUACGAAGGGGAGGAAGACGAUGGCAUGAGCCCUGAGGAUAGGGUCGCCAUGGCUACCGCCACUGAGGAAGUGAAAAAGGCACUGGGGGAAGAUGCCAGCAAGGUGUCUGUAGCACAAAUACAGGAAGCUCUCUGGCACUAUUAUUACGAUGUGGAAAAGUCGGUGAGCUAUCUCCAAAAGACUUUUAUUUCACCAACACCAAAGCCUACUCCAAAGAAGGCGGCACCUGAAGCCGAGCCAGUUGCUCUAUCAAGCAGCAAUCUAGAUGAGCCAAUGCAUGGCAUGGAAGCCCAAGUCGAUGCAGUUGGCCAGCGCCCUACGCCGUCCGCGUUUGCGCAAACUUUAGUUGGGUCUGCUCCAGGGGGGGGCCAAAAGCAGAAGCAAGAUGUCUUUGCCAUGACAUAUGCAUCAUCGCCGACAUACCUCGCGUCUGCUUUCUCGGAGCCCAGUCCAGAUGACAUUGUGCUCGCUGCGCAGGCGAAAGCGGGCAAAAAGGUCACACCUGCUGCCAAAACAGCGCCUAAGAAGAAGGCGGAUGGUACAGCAAAAGCUGAUACGAAGACGGACGACGUUGCGAAAAAGGUCGCCGGCCUGAAAGUCAUUGACGUGCCGCCUCCCAAAACGAAAGGCUUUGUCGUUGUCGGUCAUGUCGACGCCGGCAAGAGCACACUGAUGGGUCGUCUGCUUGUAGACUUGAAAUACGUUGACCAAAGAACCGUCGACAAAUACAAGAGAGAAGCCGAGAAGAGUGGCAAACAGUCGUUUGCUCUGGCCUGGGUCAUGGACCAGCGCAGUGAAGAGCGCGAUCGCGGUGUCACCAUUGACAUUGCCACCAACUAUUUCGAAACCGACAAGACAAAAUAUACCAUUCUCGAUGCACCCGGCCACCGCGACUUUGUGCCCAAUAUGAUUGCUGGCGCGAGUCAAGCAGACUUUGCUAUUCUGGUCAUUGACGCAAAUACUGGCGCCUACGAGAAAGGGCUCAAGGGCCAAACUCGCGAGCAUAUUUUGCUUUUGCGAAGUCUUGGUCUGCAGCGCGUUAUUGUGGCCGUCAACAAAUUGGACAUGGUGGGGUGGUCAAAAGACCGCUUUGAAGACAUUACUCAGGAGGUAACCGGCUUUUUGACCGGCCUGGGCUUCCACGACAAGAAUGUCGACUUUGUCCCUAUUUCCGGAUUGGAUGGUGAGAACAUUGUCAAGAAAAUCACUGCCCCUGCGGCCUCUUGGUAUGAAGGCGGCACUUUGCUUGAUGCUUUGGAGACAUCGGAACCAACGACAGUUCGAGCGCUAAAGAAGCCGUUCCGGAUGGCCAUCUCUGAGAUUUUUCGCUCCCAGCAGCAGGGCACAACAACCUUGGCUGGUCGCAUCGAUUCCGGUACUAUCCAGAUUGGCGACUCGCUCGCGGUGCAGCCCAGUGGAGAGACGGCCUAUAUCAAAUCCAUCAUGGUCGACACGGACGCACAAGAUUGGGCUGUUGCGGGACAAAACGUCAGUAUCGCGCUCACGGAUAUUGAUCCCAUUCACAUCCGCGUGGGAGACAUUCUGUGCCUCGCAGCUAACCCCAUCCCGUGCGGCGACACUUUUACAAUGAAGGCCAUGGCCUUUGAGCAUUUGAUGCCCAUGCCUGUGGAUCUCCACCGCGGCCGCCUGCAUACUCCCGGUCAACUCCAGAGUAUCACUGCUUCGCUGGACAAGGCCACGGGAGAUAUCAUCAAGAAGAAACCCAAGGUGAUCCAGCCGGGCGGAGUUGCCAGAGUCGUGGUCAAGCUCAAUGAGAAGGUCCCAUUGGAGGCAGGACAGAGAGUGGUUAUCAGAGCUGGUGGCGAGACGAUUGCUGCCGGCCUACUAGAAUAA